AUGAUAGUGUCCGGUGGCUUGGGUCAAAAUACAGUACCAGCUAUUCAUGAUGCAUCCCACAUAGAUUCUAUCUUUAUUUUCUGUCACAAUAAAGCUCAUCAUAAACAAUGGGCGAAAGCAUAUCUGAAAGUAAAGGGUGUGUUCAAUAAAAUCGACGCUUUGUGCCAAGCAGUAGAACAAUCUGUACAACCCUCUGAACCCAGUCCAACUAGACCGGCAUCAAUUUUACCGAAGCAUUCGUCUAUCAUUCAUGGUUCACUGACACCAGAGUCAUCACCAUCAAGAUCAACUCGCUAUGGUAAAGUACCUGCCGUCGGUGAUCAACGCCAACCAGCGAGUCAUAUACCGAAAAAACAAGAUAAAGAGUCUGUAAGAAGAACAACCGUAGCCGAUACUCAACAUGUGAAGCCUCAUCGACUCAGAGAACGAACAUCUUCGCCUGUAGUACCUUUCGUGGGAGACGACAAUAGUGGCUCUUCUCUGACGAAUUCCACGAAACCAAGAAUACGUAGCACAUUAAAUUCACAAGAAAAGUUAUCAUCAAGCUUUGAACGACUUGAAAACAGUCUAAUUAAUACAGCUGAACAAGAAUUACGAAAUAGCCUUAUUAACAGUAAUGAUGUUUAUCAAUCGACAACACUUAACGUUGGCACAAUUGACCGUUUGCAAGAUACUCUUAUACAAACAAUCCAGAAACAUGUCACUAAGAAGAAAGAUGAUUCCAAUGAACUGAAUAAAUUGUUCGUUGAACUAAAACAAGUGCUAGUCGAUACAGUUGUGCAACAACAAUCCACAUUAUUACGAGAUGUUAUCAAACAAACAGUGUUCGAUGCUCUUGCGCAACAGAAAAAUCCAAUAGAGGCUGCUGGUCUCCCUGCUAGACAUCAACGAAAACCCAUCAUUAUCGCUACCAAUUGUGAAGUUAAAAUUGCUGCUGAUGUUAGGAAGACACGUAUCGAUUCUGCUUUUCGACAACAGCGGGAUGCUGUCGUUGCUAAUAAGCGAUUACGUGAUGUCGUUCAACAAUGGUCAUCGAUAGAAUCAAUAGCUGAUCUUGCUAUUGAAAUAAAAAAAUACGGGACAAACGAUUUAGAAUGUGCAUGGUUACUCUUCUGUUGGAUAGGUCAAAAUAUCCAAUAUGAGCCAUAUUGUAAGGCCAAUGCUGCGGAGACUGUUUUUCGUGCAAGGCAAGGCGUCUGUCGAGGCUUUGCUAGUCUCUAUCAUGAAUGUUGCUCACUAUUAGGUAUUGAAUGUGCUGAAAUAGCAGGCUAUGCUAAGCAAGCUUUUCUUAAACCGGGUGAAGAGCUCAAACAGUCACCUCACGCUUGGAAUAGCAUUGUCCUCGAUCACUACACUUAUCUAAUAGAUCCCACAUGGGGCGCAGAAGGCAGAGAUAAUGACAACAAACUUGAAGAUUUCUACUUUCUUACAUCACCUGAAGAAUUUAUUUAUACACACUAUGUCAAUGGAUAUCAAUUAUUCGAGCCAGAAAUCAUCAAAGAAGAGUUUCUUAGUUUACCCGUAAUGAAAUCGACUUACUAUAAACUUGGUUUGACAUUGCUAUCGCCAAAGCAAGGUUUAAAUGAAAUAAAUCAGAAUUUAUUUAAAAUUGCUAUUAGAACACCCGCAAAUGUUAAUUUAUUUGCUACAUUAAAAGUUGGAGAUAUUGAAUAUCCACGCAAUUUGCACACAUUAUGUCAACGAGAUGAAAUCAAAUCGGAUGUUUAUAAUUGCUAUAUUACUCCACCUCUUGAUGGUCUUUACGAAGUAACUAUCUUUGCAAAAAUGAAUGAUGAAACUACGUAUAAAGAUGCAAUCAAUAUGUGUUUGCAUGUGUCAAACAUAGCAGAUGCAUUCAUGUUUCCAAUCACAUAUGCAACUUUUACAGAGCACUGUUGCAUUUUGAUCGAGCUUUUUCAACGUCUUGUACAUGGAAAUGAACAAGUAUUGAUACAUAUGAUAAUACCAAAUGCUAAUGUACUCAAAAUUCGAAACGGUGAUGAAUAUAUGGUGCCCUAUAAAGAUGAAUACAAGAAUGGUGUGUUAAAAAAACAAAUACGUGUUCAGGGUGAUCUGCAAGUUUGCGGGCGAUGGGAUGAUAAGGCCGAUACAAUGUCAAUUAUUUGUAUUUUUAACAUGAUUUGA